AUGAUUAGCGUGGCCUUGCAAGCGCCGCAUUAUCAGACCUUCAGCAACCUGGAUGUGCCCAGCUCCUCCAAGAAGUCGAUGGCGUCCUACGAAUUCAAGCGGAUUGCCCGCAAGUUCUUCCGUCGCGCUCUUCGAUUAAUGGGCCGACAGAAGAAGACGCCGCAACGCAAUCCCAUCGAAUUCUUCCGACCAAACUUGGAGGCGAAUGCGGAGUUAAAAGGUCAGCGAAAAAAUGGUUUUUGGGAAAAUGGGGGUGGAAUUAGAUGACCUUGAACUUUGUAACGAAUUUUGGAGGGAGCAGAAUGAAAGAACUUUUCGCAUUCGGCACGGAAAUGGUAGAUACGAAAAUUUGAGAAAUUGAAAUUACGGUAAAAUAUUUUUACAACAUACUUGCUUACAGCAAAACCUGUCUAUAACAAACAACUUUAAGGGCCCACGAACCAUUUUUAGGCCAAAAUUAAACACCUACAACCGCCCACUUAUAAUACAUAAAAAAUUUAUUUUUUUCUCUUUAGCAAUUCUUUGUACGUAUGUUUUACUGUAUGCCAUUUAAAAAAUAUGUCAUCUAAAUAUACACUCUCAUAUUUUCUUCGAAUCUUGCAUGUGUUUUCUGAACUAAAACGCACAUUUUUUCUGAAAAUUUCGGUUGACUUUUUGUGCCUACUGUCAACAUAUUCAAUGUUAAUUUUUUGAGAGAGCAAGCAAAGUGAGGAGAGAAGGCAAGACAAAAAAAAAUUUACAAAAAAAGUUUAAUUUUCGACUACAGGGUGGUUCAGCUAAGUUCGCGGAUGUUAACUGCUUAUAACUUUUUAUAGGAUUGUUCAAUUUUUAUGAGCAAUAGCUCAUUUUAUUCCGUAGUAGUUACCAUUUUGUUUCCAUUUUGUUACCAUUUUGUUAAUUUUUGAAAAUUAAAUUUUUUUUAAAAUUUACGUGAAAAAGCAUGUUUGACUUUGAAGGGUCAUAACUCGACGUAGGAUUGAUCAUUUUUAAUGAUCUUUUUUUCAAACAAAAUGGUAACUACUAGGGAAUAAAAUGAGCUAUUGCUCAUAAAAAUUGAACAAUCCUAUAAAAAGUUAUAAGCAUUUUACAUCCGCGAACUUAGCUGAACCACCCUGUACUAGAACUUUCACCCGACUAAAUCUUUUUCAAAAUUUUUUCAAAAAAAUCCAUGUGACCUUUGAAACAUAAAUCAUUUUCAUUGCAAUUUCAAAUCACAUUUCUCUGAUCACAAGUUUAUCAGCAAUGGAAAAGCGGUCGGAGAUAGUGGGAAACAAAAGAGAAUUACAAGGGUUUACCCUGGUUUUGCAAGCGAUCAGAAUGCUGUUUACAAUGACGAAUCUUGAGAAUCAACUUUUCUGAAGCUAAAAAUAUCGCAUAAUCUUUACAAAAAUUUGGUGCAAAUUUAUGUAAAAUUUUAUGGAGUUUAAUACUUUGCAUUUUGAGCAUUUCCCCUACUGUGUAAAGAGUAAAAUUUCAUAAAUUUCAAACCUUCUAUUUCUCAAAAACAUGAAUAUUCUAAAGCAACAACCAAAGCCUUUCUUUUCAGCCCACCUCGACGCAACUCGCCGAGAUCGCCGCCUCUGCAAUGGCCUCGACGAAGCCAUCGCCGUUCCCUACUACUGGGGCCACAUAGAUCGCCAUGAAGCCGCGCAAACACUGGAAGGCCUUGGCCACGGCUCCUUCCUCCUCCGCGACUCCAGUCAUCCAGAUUUUCGGUUUGCCGUCUCUUUCCGUUGCGCCGAUUCUACCGUUCAUGCGAGGAUUGCCAGGUACAAGGGCAACUACAGCUUCAAGUUGGAUGAUUCGCGAAGGUUUUGCGCUCCGACGUUGACCAAAUUCGUUGAGCAUUACAACAAGUUGGAGAGGUUCUUGUUCGACGAGCCGUACUUGAGCAAACCCGUCUUCCGGCGAAGGGUGUUCAGCUUGAAAGUGAGUUUGUAGAUGUGAAUUUCUUCGGAAUUAAUUUACAGGGGAAGUACCCCAAGUGCGACGCUCAGAUUUUGAUGAAACUUGGCACAAAUUUAGAAUAAUUUUGUCUAAGAUAUAUACGAGAAUCCUAGCUCGCGCUUUGCAGAAACAAUCAAGAUUUUUUGAUCGAAAGUUGGCGAAAAUUUCACACUUCUUGUUGAAUUUUCGCACGAAAAGUUUCAUGCCUAUUUCUACUAUAGCAAGAAAUGUUUCUACAAAAAAAUCAAUUUUUUCUGCACGAAGCUGACAAAGUUAUGAUCAAAAAGUGUCUUUCUCUCUGACCGCCCUCCGCGUUUGGCGUACUCUCUCGGCCGAAAAGAUCGUUGAAUAUCUCGGCGGCGCCCGCAAAGCGCGAGCUAAAACUUUCAGGAAUUGAUAUUUAGUCCAUGCCCGACGUGUGUGCAAAAUUUAAAGAAAAUCUGAGCGUAGAACUUGGAGUACUUCAUCUGUUAAUUUACUCAACAUUUUAUGCACAAAUUUCUGGCUAAAAAUGUUCAAAAAUUGUCUUUCUUGGCCUUAAAAAAGUUCAAAUUAUAACCCUUUUGCCAAUCACUUCCUUCCCUCCAACAAUUCGGAUUUUUUCAGGAAAUGUGCAACGCAGUUAUUGCCUCCCGCGUCACCCUAAACAACGUCGACACCCUGCCACUCCCCUCCCGAAAUAUCCGAGAGAUAACGCAAAUGCUUGAAGGCUAA